GAGCAGGCGGCCAGGAAAUGCCCAGGAGCGUGUGUCACCUGCCCCCGACAACUUGUUGAUUCCCGGGAGCGCCGCCUUCUCGGUCUGGGUCUCCGCGGGGACUGUCUUGCUCACCUGUUCUCCAGUCGCGGGCCCGGGGAGCUCCUGCGACGCCCCCGGGACCGGUCGCCCUCCAGCCCCGCAGCCAUGAGCAAGUUGGGCAAGUUCUUUAAAGGGGGAGGCUCUUCUAAGAGCCGAGCAGCUCCCAGUCCCCAGGAGGCCCUGGCCCGACUUCGGGAGACAGAGGAGAUGCUGGGCAAGAAACAAGAGUACUUGGAAAAUCGAAUCCAGAGAGAACUCGCCCUGGCCAAGAAGCAUGGGACGCGGAACAAGCGAGCUGCAUUACAGGCAUUAAAGAGAAAGAAGAGGUUCGAGAAACAGCUCACUCAGAUUGAUGGCACACUUUCCACCAUUGAGUUUCAGAGAGAAGCCCUGGAGAACUCACACACCAACACCGAGGUGUUGAGGAACAUGGGCUUUGCAGCAAAAGCGAUGAAAGCAGUUCAUGAAAACAUAGAUCUGAACAAAAUAGAUGAUUUAAUGCAAGAUAUCACAGAGCAACAGGACAUCGCCCAAGAAAUCUCAGAAGCAUUUUCCCAACGGGUUGUAUUUGGUGAUGACUUUGAUGAGGAUGAGUUGAUGGCAGAACUUGAAGAAUUGGAACAGGAGGAAUUAAAUAAGAAGAUGACAAAUAUCCGCCUUCCAAAGGUGCCUUCCUCUGCUCUCCCAGCUCAACCAGAAAGAAAGCCAACCAUGUCCUCUACUGCACACCGAUCCCGAGGAGCAUCCUCCAGAAGGGCAGAAGAGGAUGAUGACAUCAAACAAUUGGCAGCUUGGGCUACUUAAACUAAAACAGAAUUUUCUGACACCUAAGUUAAUGAGCUAUGCAUAAGACAUAAAAAACAUUUCUGCCAAGUUUAGAAGUAAACAAAGACCCAGUUUUAUAUUUAUACUGGAUAAAUAAUUAUCUUUUGAGCCUCUUAAGCAAAAGUUAAAAAAGGAAUCAUAUGUAGACAUAGAA